AUGCCAUCCACUGCAUUAAACAUUGAGCCAACCACCACCACGACAUCUUCAGAGACCACAACCGGGCCGCAUAACCUACCAAAAGCUGGGUCCGUAGUACCUCAGCCACCGAUGCCCACCACCAUGACAUCUUCAGAGACCACAACUGGGACGCAUAACCUACCAAAAGCUGGAUUCAUAGUACUUCAGCCACCGAUGCCCACCAGCAUGACAUUUUUAGAGACCACAACCGGGCCACAUAACUUACCAAAAACCGGAUCCAUAGUACCUCAGCCACCGAUGCCCACCACCAUGAUAUCUUUAGAGACCACAACCGGACCGCAUAAUCUACAAAAACCCGGAUCCAUAGUACCUCCGCCACCGAUGCCUGUGCCAACUGUUCAGGGGGCAACUUCCGUCCCAUCCUCUGGUAGCAAGAUGGACUUACCGACACCGCAGAGGAGCUGCAACUUAGUCAACGACGUGCUCGAACUCGGCAGAAUAUGCCGAGAGAGGAAGACGAAGCUACUAGUGAUCCGGGACAGCGAUGAGAGAUUGGCAGAGAUUGUCACACGCAAGCCACGAUUUGUGGUUCGACAGGAACAACUAGUCGAACGGAAAAGUUGUUUGCUGGCUGAACUGUCAGAGGUGGAAACCAACAUUGAAAGGGGAAGUCAGGACAUCGUCGGAGUCAAUGAGGAGUACCGUGUGAUUCAACGAAACAGUACCGGCCGGAAGUCGCCCAUAUUAGCAACUGUGUGA